UCUGUAAACGUCCUGGUUCCAAACUGUAAGAUCUACAAUGAUGCGAGCUGUGACAUCUCAGCAGACGGUCAGCUGUUGGCGGUCUUCAUUCCCAGCAGUCAGCGGGGUUUUCCUGACGAAGGCAUCCUCGCCAUCUACUCGCUCGCCCCGCACAACCUGGGAGAGAUGCUGUACACCAAGAGAUUCGGUCCGAAUGCGAUCUCCGUCAGCUUGUCUCCGAUGGGCUGCUACGUCAUGGUCGGCCUGGCCUCUCGCAGGAUCCUGCUGCAUCCCACCACCGACCACAUGGUGGCGCAAGUGUUCCGUCUGCAGCAGCCUCACGGAGGAGAGACGUCCAUCAGGAUGGUCUUUAACGUGGUCUACCCGAUGGCUCCGGACCAGCGCCGCCACGUCAGCAUCAACUCUGCCCGCUGGCUCCCUGAUCCGGGGAUGGGCCUGGCUUACGGAACCAACAAGGGGGACCUGGUGAUCUGCCGGCCCGUGUUCUAUCGGAGUGAUGGUGAGAGCCCUGCAGAGUCAAGCAGUGAACCUCUGUUCUCUGUCAACAACAGCGGAACCAGCCGGACCCGAAGUUCUGACAGACCAGGGCCGAACCGCUCCGGAUGGAGACUGGACCGAGACAUGGGUUUGAUGAACGCGAUUGGUCUUCAGCCCCGACACCCCGCCCCUUCAGUGACAUCACAGGGCACUCAGACGCCAAUCAUCCAGCUGCAGAACGCAGAGACCCAAACGGAGCGGGACCUAUCAGAGCCCGGCGUGUCACAGCCAGCACUGAGUACUGACCAAUCAGAUCCUUCAUUACACAAUGUCCCUCCUGAGACUCCGUCCACGAGUGGGUCGGCUCCAGGACCGCCCGAGACGUCUCAGACCAGCAGAGCUCAGGACGGCGUGCAGGGUGGUGCUGCAGCCGAGCCCAACACGUCCACAGCGAGCACCGCAGAGUCGGCAGAGUUUGGUUCUGGCGAGGACGCUCUGGCGAGGAUCCGCCGGCUGAUCGCGGAGGGUGGGAUGACGGCGGUGGUGCAGCGGGAGCAGAGCACCACCAUGGCGUCCAUGGGCGGCUUUGGAAACAACAUCAUCGUCAGUCACCGCAUCCACCGCGGCUCCCAGACCGGCGCCUCCAGGCCCAUGGCUGACCCAACUGGGACCACUGCCGCCGGGGCCACCCCCUCCACCUCAGGGCCUCAGACCUACGCCCCUCCCCAAGCUUCCAGCCCGGCUGAACCACUCGCUCCCGUGUGGGGCCCCCCGGUUCUGUCGGGCCCGCCGCCCUCGGGCCUGUCUCUGGACAUGGAUGACGUGUUUGACGGGGGUCGGACAGACGAGGACUCCCUGCCGGGCCCCUCCUCUUCCUCCCUGCUGUUGUCUUCCCCCUCUUCCUCCUCCUCCUCUCACAGCCCCCUCCCCCUCCCUGGUGGUGGUGGCGGGGUUGCCCCCCCCAACAGUUACUCCGGCAACCCGUACAGCAGGUAGUUCUCCUAUUGGCCAAGAGAAGCCGAGCGUCGACGGUUGCCGGGUCCAGCAGAGGGCGCUCCUCGAAGCCUUAACUCACAGAAUGGGUGCUGCUUUGACUCGCUUGGGGUCUCCCAACUGGAAACGAAGGGACGCAAGGAAACCCCCCCCCCCCCGGUGCGGCGUCGGCGUGCACUUCCUCUGCACUUAACCAGACUGAAGCUGAGCCGCCAUCAUUAUUGUCAGAAAGGGCUUCGACCUGAACGGAGGCAUCACAGUGCCAUGAGGGAGGUGGGGGGGG